AUGGUUGAUAAGGACACUACAAACUCAUCACCGCUGCAAUCUUCGGUGAACAAUCCUCCAACUUCUAGAAUAAUUGAAGUCUCAUUGGAUAUGCCGCCUUCUUCACAAGGAAUUGGUGUUUCCAAAUACUUUGAUGAUGAUGGAAGGCCGAAGAGAACCGGUACGGUUUGGACAACAAGCGCUCAUAUAAUAACAGCGGUAAUCGGUUCUGGCGUUUUGUCAUUGGCUUGGGCCAUAGCUCAGAUGGGAUGGAUCGCUGGUCCUAUUGUUAUGCUUUUAUUUGCCGUUGUUACGUAUUAUACUUCCAUUCUACUCUCCGCUUGUUACCGAACCGAGGACGGAAAAAGAAACUAUACAUAUAUGGAUGCUGCGAGUGCAAAUUUUAGUGGGUUCCAAGUUAAAGUUUGUGGAGCUCUUUGA